AGUUUUAUCUAUAUUUUUUUGGUAAUUUAUUAAUUAUAAUUUUUAAAGAAAUCGUAAAAGAAAUUCAAUUUUUUUUUGAAUAUCUAGAUAUUUUGAUAUUUAAUACCUUAAAAAAUUCAUUCGAUGACCUAUUUUAAUAACAAGCUUAAUAGGAUAAUCAGUGCGACUCCGCUUGGAAAGAAAACUCAAAGAAGUCUAAUAAAGUUAGUGUCCUCUUUCUUGGCGUUAUCCGUUGUGGUAUCAUUUUAUAAAUUCCGUUUUUCGGUCCACCAAUUCUACUAUAAAAAUGCAUCGAAAAUGUCGCAUUUCAAUGGUAACCUUUAUGGAGAUAACCCCAGUGAUGACGACAACGAAUGCCUAAAACAGCUGAUGUCCAAUUAUACCAUGUUAAACGGAAUUUUCUUGGCAAAAAAUGCAUCGCGAAAAAAUCUCCCUCAGGAUUUCGAAUAUCUGAUCAACCCGGAAAACACGUGUUACGAAUACGUGACAAAUAUAAAUUCAUCGAAUCCGCAUGCGCAAAAAAAUUUGAAAGUACCGAAAGACAUAUUUAUCAUAAUAAUGAUUCAUUCAGCCCCGGACCAUAACAAUUUAAGAGAAUCGACAAGAGAAACAUGGGGCUCCAUUAAGGAUUACUAUAACUAUAAUCUUCGUCUGAUAUUUGUAUUAGGAGUCACCGAGAAUCAAUCUAUUCAAGAACAGCUAACCAAUGAGAGUAAAAUUUACGGCGAUAUAGUUCAAGCCUCAUUCUUGGAUGCGUACGUUAAUAUGUCUUACAAAAUGUCGAUGGGUUUCAAGUGGAUUUCGUAUUAUUGUCCUCAUGCCGAAUUCAUCCUCAAAAUGGACGACGACAUUUACGCAGAUAUUUUUCAGGUCAUCACAACUGUGCACUAUUUCAAAAAAACUUAUGGAUCGUAUCUGAUUGACAACAUGGACAGAAUUAGACCGAAAGAAAAGUUACUGCCAUAUAUAUAUAAUCAAACAGAAUACAUUCUUAUCGAAAAUUUGGAUUACAUCAUUAGUGGUUCUCAGCUUCGUGAAAGGUUAAUGCAUCAAACAACGACACCAAAACCUUUUAUCAACGAGACAAUUAUUCCGAUAAGCCACACUCAGGGCCAUAUGCGCUGCGAUGAAAAGGCGUACACUAUGUUAGAAACGGAUCCGCACAUCUCCGCCGAGUAUACGAAAUUAUUUGGAAGCGAAAACCGUAUACGCGACAUCAUCAUAUGCUCCAUCAUGGUUAACUCCCCGGUUUUACGCGACAACAGUUCUAAAUGGUACGUCCCUACAAAUGACUAUGCGGGAACUUUUUACGAACCCUAUUGUUCGGGGUGGGUUCUGAUAUUGACCCCACCUACCGCUUACAAAUUGCACAAGGCCUAUUUUACCCAACCAUAUUUAUUCGUAGAUGAUGCUCACGUGACAGGUAAAUUAGCGAGAAUGGCUGGCACCGUAAUGGUCACGAUUCAUGACACAGUUCAUCUGGAAGAUAACUUCGAAUGGGUUAAAGCGGAACGAUUUAGUUUUGUGACCGCUAAACCGAUAGGAACCGCCGCGUCUGUCAAAUACGUAUUUUGCACCAAUGAUGGCGAUAGAGAAAAAAUUAAAUCUUAUUGGAAUCAAACGCUGAUCGCGCACAAUCGCUACGGACAAUUUUUAUCCAAUAAAUGAAUUGCAUUUGCUAUUACCCCCCCC